CCGGGCAUCGAGCCUCGCGCCGCCUGGCCUCAAGAGUGUCCCCGGGCCUGGCAUGAGGACGCUGGGGUUCCGAGGGAGGGGCUGACACCCAGCGCGGUGGUGGAGGCGGGCGGACAGAAUGACUGAGAACAUGAAGGAGUGCUUGGCGCAGCCCAAGGCGGCCGUGGGGGAUAUGGUGACCGUGGUGAAGACCGAGGUCUGCUCGCCCCUCCGCGACCAGGAGUAUGGCCAGCCCUGCUCUAGGAGACCGGACCCCUCAACCAUGGAAGUGGACCCCAAGAAACUGAAGGGGAAGCGUGACCUCAUCAUGCCCAAAAGCUUCCAGCAAGUGGACUUCUGGUUCUGCGAGUCCUGCCAGGAGUACUUUGUGGACGAGUGCCCCAACCAUGGUCCCCCGGUGUUUGUGUCUGACACGCCGGUGCCUGUGGGCAUCCCAGACCGGGCUGCCCUCACCAUCCCGCAGGGCAUGGAGGUGGUCAAGGAGGCCAGUGGUGAGAAUGACGUGCGAUGCAUCAACGAGGUCAUCCCCAAAGGCCAUAUUUUUGGCCCCUACGAGGGGCAGAUCUCCACCCAGGACAAAUCAGCGGGCUUCUUCUCCUGGCUGAUUGUGGACAAGAACAACCGCUACAAGUCCAUAGACGGGUCAGAUGAGUCUAAGGCCAACUGGAUGAGGUACGUGGUCAUCUCCCGGGAAGAAAGGGAACAGAACCUGCUGGCGUUCCAGCACAGCGAGCGCAUCUACUUCCGGGCAUGCCGGGACAUCCGGCCUGGGGAGCGGCUGCGGGUCUGGUACAGCGAGGACUAUAUGAAGCGCCUGCACAGCAUGUCCCAGGAAACCAUUCACCGCAACCUGGCCAGAGGAGAGAAGAGGUUGCAGAGGGAGAAGUGUGAGCAGGCUCUGGAUAACCCAGAAGACCUGAGGGGUCCCAUUCAGCUCCCCGUGUUGAGACAGGGCAAAAGUCCUUACAAGCGUGGCUUUGACGAGGGGGACGUGCACCCCCAGGCAAAGAAGAAGAAAAUAGACCUCAUUUUCAAGGAUGUGCUGGAGGCCUCGUUGGAAUCGGCCAAGGUAGAAGCCCACCAGCUGGCACUCAGCACCUCCCUGGUCAUCAGGAAAGUCCCCAAGUAUCAGGACGACGCCUACGGCCGGUGCGCCAUGGCCGUGUCUCACGGCGUGCAGAAUGUCAGCCGGACCCAGGGGGAAGGGGACUGGAAGAUCCCCCAAGGGGCUUCCAAGGAGCCAGGCCCGCUGGAGGAUGAGGAAGAGGAGCCUUCAUCCUUCAAGGCCGACAGUCCCGCCGAGGCCUCCCUUGCAUCGGACCCUCACGAGCUUCCCACCACCUCCUUUUGCCCUAACUGUAUUCGCCUAAAGAAGAAGGUCCGAGAACUGCAGGCAGAACUAGACAUGCUUAAGUCUGGGAAGUUGCCUGAGCCCCCCGUAUUGCCAGCACAGGUACUGGAGCUCCCAGAGUUCUCAGACCCCGCAGCCUCCGAGAGCAUGGUCUCCGGCCCUGCCAUCAUGGAGGACGAUGACCAGGAGGUGGACUCGGCGGACGAAUCUGUCUCCAACGACAUGAUGACAGCCACUGACGAGCCCUCCAAGAUGUCGUCUGCCACCGGCCGCCGGAUCCGGCGCUUUAAGCAGGAGUGGCUGAAGAAGUUCUGGUUCCUGCGGUACUCCCCGACCCUGAACGAGAUGUGGUGCCACGUGUGCCGCCAGUACACCGUGCAGUCCUCCCGCACCUCGGCCUUCAUCAUCGGCUCCAAGCAGUUCAAGAUCCACACCAUCAAGCUGCACAGCCAGAGUAACCUGCACAAGAAGUGCCUGCAGCUGUACAAGCUCCGCAUGCACCCUGAGAAGACGGAGGAGAUGUGCCGCAACAUGACCCUGCUCUUCAACACCGCCUACCACCUGGCCCUGGAGGGCAGGCCCUACCUGGACUUCCGGCCCCUGGCUGAGCUUCUGAGGAAAUGCGAGCUCAAGGUGGUGGACCAGUACAUGAACGAGGGGGACUGCCAGAUCCUCAUCCACCACAUCGCCCGGGCGCUGCGGGAGGACCUGGUGGAGCGCAUCCGCCAGUCGCCUUGCCUCAGCAUCAUCCUCGACGGGCAGAGCGACGACCUGUUGGCCGACACGGUGGCCGUCUACGUCCAGUACACCAGCAGCGACGGCCCCCCAGCCACAGAGUUCCUGUCCCUGCAGGAACUGGGCUUCUCCAGCACCGAGAGCUAUCUGCAGGCCCUGGACCGCGCCUUUUCCGCCUUGGGCAUCCGACUGCAGGAUGAAAAGCCGACCGUGGGCCUGGGCAUAGACGGGGCCAACGUCACAGCCAGCCUGCGGGCCAGCAUGUUCAUGACCAUCCGCAAGACGCUGCCCUGGCUGCUGUGCCUGCCUUUCAUGGUGCACCGGCCCCACCUGGAGAUCCUGGACGCCAUCAGCGGGAAGGAGCUCCCGUGCCUGGAGGAGCUGGAGAACAACCUGAAGCAGCUGCUGAGCUUCUACCGCUACUCGCCACGCCUCAUGUGCGAACUGCGGUCCACGGCGUCCACCCUCUGCGAGGAGACAGAGUUCCUGGGGGACAUCCGGGCCGUGAGGUGGAUCAUCGGCGAACAGAACGUCCUUAACGCCCUCAUCAAGGACUACCUGGAGGUGGUGGCCCACCUCAAGGACGUCAGCAGCCAGACCCAGCGGGCGGACGCCUCGGCCAUCGCCCUGGCCCUGCUGCAGUUCCUCAUGGACUACCAGUCCAUCAAGCUCAUUUACUUCCUCCUGGACGUGAUCGCCGUGCUCUCUCGCCUGGCCUAUGUCUUCCAGGGCGAGUACCUCCUGGUGUCCCAGGUGGAUGACAAGAUCGAGGAAGCCAUUCAGGAGAUCAGCCGGCUGGCCGAUUCCCCGGGGGAGUACCUGCAGGAAUUCGAGGAGAAUUUCCGAGAGAGCUUCAAUGGCAUCGCCAUGAAGAACCUCAGGGUGGCUGAAGCCAAGUUCCAGUCCAUCAGGGAGAAGAUAUGCCAGAAGACCCAAGUGAUCCUGGCUCAGAGGUUCGAUUCCCGCAGCCGGAUCUUUGUGAAGGCCUGCCAGGUGUUCGACCUGGCCUCCUGGCCCAGAAACAGCGAGGAGCUCAUGAGCUAUGGCAAAGAGGAUAUGGUUCAGAUCUUUGACCACCUGGAGGCCAUCCCCACCUUUUCCCGGGACAUCUGCCGGGAAGGGCUGGAUCCCAGGGGGAGUCUGUUGAUGGAGUGGCGGGAACUCAAGGCUGAUUACUAUACCAAAAAUGGCUUCAAAGACCUGAUCGGCCAUAUUUGCAAGUACAAACAGAGGUUUCCGCUCUUGAACAAGAUCAUCCAGGUCCUUAAAGUCCUCCCCACGUCCACCGCUUGCUGCGAGAAAGGUCGCAAUGCCCUGCAGCGAGUUCGAAAGAACCACCGCUCCCGGCUGACCCUGGAGCAGCUCAGCGACCUGCUGACCAUCGCUGUCAACGGACCACCGAUCGCCAGCUUCGAUGCCAAGCGAGCUCUGGACAGCUGGUUUGAGGAGAAGUCUGGCAACAGCUACACGCUGUCCGCCGAGGUCCUCAGCAGGAUGUCGGCGCUGGAGCAAAAGCCGGUGCUGCAGACCGUGGACCAUGGGUCAGAGUUUUACCCAGACAUCUAGGGAGCCGGCGUUCAGAGUUCACUAAGCUGUUGAAUAUUUUUUUAAUCUAUACUCAUAAGCUUUGAUAUAUUAUAUAAAUAUAUAUUAUAUUAUAUAUAUAUAUAUAUAUAUAAACCCACACUGAAAAAUUUUUAAAAGCCAAGGUGACACGUCCACCAGAAGCUACUGGGAGCUUUCGGAAAGGAAUAAUGUCGGAAACUGACUCUUGUCUAACAAAAUUUGGCAGCUGCGCCAUAUGUGGCAACUCAUUUCCACUCACAGAAGCAUGUGCUGGGCCACACGUGUUCCCACCUAACAGUCAACCAACAGCAUAAGCUAAAAUGACGGGUCUCUGUCAUCACCUUUAGGUAGCUCUUUUGGUUCAUGUUUUCCUUUGGGGGGCUGUGGGGUGGGUUUAUGAUCUUACCUUUCAUUUCUCGUUUGGUUCUGUGAGGGGGUUUCUGGGCCUCCCUGCUGUUAUGUGCGUGUCGGUGCUCUGAGUCCGGUCUCUGAUUUCGAGUCCGAUCUCUGCUUUCGAUGGGGUAGGUCGUGUCUCUGGCUCGCCGUGUUUGAUUUUGUCCUCUCCCACCUGACUUCAGCUUGAAGGCUGUUUCUUCAUCUCCUGAUGAGGGGGCCUUCACUCAGAAACAAGUGUUGGUCAAACUGUGACACCCACCUCUUCACCUCCAUCGCUUCUCCCAUCCCCAGGCCACCGAUUCCCUCUCUUCAGCCCCGCCAGGUCCUAAAGAUAUUAACCUGUUAUACUGAAGGCAAGAUUGCCUUACAACCGAGCUUGAAAUCCUGGGGAGGGGAGAGGGGGUGAUUUUUUGCAUUCCUGUUUUUACAUGGUGUGGGAUAAAAUAAUAUAAUUCCAUUCAGAUCCAGGGCUGUUGGGGGAAUGAAAAGCCAAGAAGUCAGGACCCCAAGAGGGUAGUGAUUUUUGGCUAAAAAUGGAAAGUAUAUAUUCAAUUUACAUGAAUUAUUUAUACUCUGUCUUUAUAAUCAUAGAAUGUGUUGGGGGUAUUUUUUUUUUCCUUUAAUAAUCAAGAAAUGCCUGCUAUAGUUCAGUGGCAGGAGGUGUCAAUGCAAGCCGGGCCCCGGGUGAUGCAGACUCCAGCGAGAGUCUGCAGAGGCCGUCCUUCUGCAGCGAGGCUGAUAAGCCCUACAGCCUGGCGGGAAGGCCGUGGGGAACUGGGAAUGGAUCUAUACCUGUGAACGCUUCCGUUUUUGAACAGGGUAGAGAUGUCCUAAAGAAAAGGAAUAAAGAAGAGAUAAGACAGGACUCUCAAGGCAUCAGCCUACACACAAACACACACACACGCACGCACACACAUGUGCACACACACACAAUACCAUGAUAUAAGCUUUAGAAAUAGCCACUUGCCUACUCCCUGGGGCAAGCAGUGGUUUAAGCUAGACGAGUCUGAUCAAUGCUCUUUCGUUCAUUUAACUACCAGUAUACCUCGCAAGGGAGUUUUAAAAAAAAAUGUGCGUGAGCUGUUAAAAACUUCUGUUCAUGUGUCCACCUCUGAUUUAUGCAUAUUUGAUAUGCAGAGAUCCUAUGUCAUGGAGGUUGGUCCUAUUGGGGGGAGGGAAGGAGUUCUGCAUGGUCCGUGGUCAGUUCUUCUGGGGGCCACCCCUCUCAGUUGGUAGGUGGGCAAAGGACCGUGUGAUCUGGCCACAGGCAAGGCCCCUGUGUCCCCAACCUGCUUGGCUCAGAGGGUAUAAAACGGUGGUGGCCUUCUUCCUCCUUGGUGUCUCUCGUCUCCAAGCCCUUGUGCCACCACUGAAAACCGUAGUGGAAUGUCAUCAACACUGAACACGCCACUCCCCCUUCCUCAUCCUGCCAGUUACCUUCACCCCCCACAGGCCCCUUCCCCCCAUGGUCUUGGUGCUAAGAGAAUUUUAGAAUCAUUGCUGCUAGUCAAUAGCUUUUCAUUAUAUAAAUAUAUUAUAUAUAUUAUAUAUUAUUUUUGAAACUUUGUUUUCGACAGUGAUGUAGCAUGUUCAAAAACAAAAAUCAAAAACAAACAAAAAAAAAAAACAAACUGGUUUUCUCCGACUCCCACUGCCAGGCCUCAUAUGCUGCCUUCUUCAACAAAUCAAUGCACCCCUGCCUGGUGACACUCGCCCCUCCCCAUGCCCAGUUGCACAUACCCCCUCCCCCUCCUCUGUGCAAGAAGAGCAUUUGCAGGAAGUAGCAAAGGAAGGCCCAGCGCCCUUCCUGAGACUCUGAGCUGCCCAGCCUCUCUGAAGCUAUAGCUCCUGGUCACCCACACCCAUGGGGCCAGCGUGGAGCUGGGAUCCAGUGGGUGGUGGGAUGCUGUUGCAGAUCACAGGGCUCCGCCUUCCCCCACAACCCCCGGGCUUUGUCUCCCCUGCAUGCGUGCACUGCCUUGUCUGCAGGAGCUUUCUUUGGUCGUUGCAAACUAAGAUGGGUCGAGGGCAGAGAUGACUGACAAGGUGGGCCUCGGGGAGGCAGAAAUAGUCAACUGGGACCCUUUCUUCUAGCCAACAGUUGCCUUAUGCCUUCUUUUUCCCUCUGCUUCUCCCCACCCAUUUCAUUGGGACCCUCUGCUGGGAAUAGUCCCCUAGUCCACUCAUUUGAAAACCAGGAAGGGAGAAUCUUUAGUGUCUGCCUAAGACCCAGUCAGGGCCGUGCCUGGUGUCCUCUCAGAAGGCCAUGGCCAACGUAGCUCAAGUCUUUAUCUGGAAGGAAAGGAAGAUCCUUUGGGCCAAUGCCCUUGUCUGCCCUCUCUCCUGAGAAAGCUAGGAGUCGGUGGGGGUCUGGGCUAGGGCUAGCCUGAGCUGCUGCAGGCAGCCUGUGACAACAGGCCUCACACUGGGGCCGAGGGCCUUGAGUUUGGCAAGGCAUCUUUAAAACUGGGUGCUCAUGGCUUCUGCUGAGUGCAGCCGGGUCUGGCCAUGUAGGACACUGUUGGCCACUCAGCUUGGGACAGGGAGUAAGGAGGGAACAAUUUGGGUGACACACCACUGCAAGUUACACAGGGACUGUUCUCAAUCUGGGCGCUCCCAGGAGAUUCAGGGCUUCAGCCAUGGGAAUUCUGCAAGCAGCAUCUCCCACUCGGUCUCCUUGAGGACUCAGGGGUCGAUGGCACCCUCAGGGUCUAGCCCAGGGAACCACGUGCCCGGCCAGCCUCACCUCCCUUUGACGGGUGGGAAGAACCAUGGCCAGGUGGUCCUGGCAUCACAGCGACGGUCGCUCAGACAAGACAGCUCCGUGACUCUGCCCCUGACUUAGGAGGCCAGCCACUGGUUUAGCGGGAGACGCCUGUGUCUCUGGGGUUGAGAUGUGUGAUAAUAGCGACUGUCUUCAGCACCUGGAGGACGUGGGACGUGGCAUUGGGCCAGUGGCCAGCUGUACCAAGCUGAUGCGUGGCAGACCCUGGGAGCCAGAUUGGGGUGGAAAUGAUCUGAUUUUCCUCCACAGAGGAAAAAGACCAUUGUAUCUGUGAAACCCGAGGACACCCGGCCACAUCUGCAACUCUUGCCAGGUCAGAAUCCCUGAGUUGUGCCUGCCCGGCUGAAUGUGAGUCCAGGCAGCCAAAACAACACCAGCUUUUUUUUUCUUUUUCGGUUUUUUUUUUUUUUUUUUUUACAACUGCCUGCAACAUCCCAUAGUCUGGAUAGACCCUCACUUUUUCGGAAUGAGAACCUGCUCCCCUUGACUCGCUCAUGUCACCCCUUUAGUUCGGAGGAAGGACCUUGUACUUACUUAGGUGAUGUUGAAAUGUUUCCAUUUGUCUGGAAGUGACGGCGAGAAGGGGCAGACGAGGACAAGCACGUAGAGUGCCCCAAUGAGGGUGGGAGACUGAAGUAGACAAGAGACUUGGCCCAGCCCGGCUGUGGGCCCGGCCUUGUUCUAGCUGCUCCCCUAGAGCCUGAUGGGGUCCAGGAGGGGGCUUGAGGGUUGAAAUGGAACGUCGCUUCUAGAUUCCUCCCCUUCCUUUGUCUCCCCCCGUCUCUAGGAAUAGCUAUUCUGUGUCUAGCUCCAGUUUGGUCUGGUGGUCGGGGUUGAUUUCUAGGUAGAACUUGUGCUUUAUCUUGGCCCGACACCCUGUUUGGGCAGAAGGCGGCCGUGGUCUCCCCCUGCGCCUUCAAGCAGCAGGCCUCGGGCCCGGCCAGCCGGGACAGCCUAAGUAGGGCCUCCUGGAAGGCAGGCAGCUUGGGGUCGCCCCAGUCCAGGCACAGGGCCCCCUGGGGAAGCAGUGCCGGAUGAGGGGUUCUAGGUUGAGUUCCUCCUCGCCUCUCGAGGAGGGGAGAGGAUGUCAAAAGACGCACAGGGUCCUCCUGCUGGAGGGAGACCCUUCUCUUGCCCUCUGUUGACAGGGUGCUUUAGCCGAGUAGAUGGAGCCCUGAUAUUUUAAGGAGCCUUUAAGGUGAUUUUUGUGUGUGAGCCAGAGGGAGAAAAAGUGCCCUUUCGGGAGGAAAAUGGUACGGCCCUCCUCUUCCAUCUGGCUCCCCCCGACCCCCAUCCCUUCAAGUAGUAGCACCCUGGAAAUACCUAUGCAAUCCGGUCUCCCUAGGAGAGUGCACGGAGCAAGGGUGUGUGCAGUGUAUAAUACAGAUGCUACAGCAUAUAUUGUAUAUAUGGGCAUAUACAGUACGUAUACACACAGAGUAUGAGAUUAAAUCACGUCUAUAUAUCUAUAAAUAAUAUCCUAUAUAUUUAUACAUUUCUAUGUUUUAAAUAGAUAUAAAAUAGAGUCUAUAGAGAGCUGGGAGAGCAACGGGAAAGUCUGUCGCAGUGAUGUGCGAAGAAGGAGGAGGCAGAGCCUUGGCAGGGGGAGGUGUGGGAGCCGAGCCAGCAGGGUCUGCUGGGAAUGGGGCCUCCUACCCCACUGUUGGCGAGCAGAGGAACUGGGCCCGGCCCUCUCUGUGCACUUUCUCUCCUUUACCCCAGGCUUGGCCUGAGGCUGGAAGGAGACACUCAUCCCCUGAGUUCCAGCUGAAAUGCUCCCUCCUGCAAGCGACGCUUGGGUGGUCACUGCUGCGUGGCAGUAGGACGUGGUCUCCGGCCCCUGGUGGAGGGACCACUGCACAAUUCCCUCAAAUACCCCCCUCCAGGAUGAGUGGUGUGGGUGGCAACAUGGAGGGUACAAACUGGCAGCCAAGAGGCUGCCCUCCCUUCUUAAGUGUUUCUGCUGCCCCCUAGAGGCCAAGCCUCUGCCGCCAGCCUCCUGGCCUCCCUCCCGUGCCACCCUGGUCUGCGGCGCCCCAGAGAAGUAAAGGGGGCAACGCUGCCGCCAUCCAGAGAUUUUUUUUUUUUUCCUGGACGGGGCAGGGGGCAUCAGCUAACAGGAAAGGGCGGAGAGACAUAUCCGCACACUCAUAAAUUCAGUGGCAACUCAAGUUCAGAAGCAGGGCUGUGGCCCGGCCCACUUUGCACAGCUGCUGCUGCUGGCUGUACUCAGGACAAUGCUCUCCCCUCUCCUGCCCGGAGGCCCGGCGCCCCUCACCCACCGCCGCUGCAGCAGGCAGGUUUAGUUCACAUACACUGUUCUGAUUCUGUGACUUGAGGCAGAGGCUGAGCCGGAUGCCCCAAGCUCAUCUGUUUCCACUGGGAAGGGCGCCCUCCUCGGCCAUCUCUGCUUCCACUCCGAGCCCCCCCCCCCCCC